GCGUGCGAGGGAGCUGCUGUCAUGACGCCUGGGAAGUGGGCUUUGGCGAUUCUGCUGACGCUGCUCUGCUGGGCUGGCUGUGGAUUCUGUGGGAAGGUCCUGGUAUGGCCCUGUGACAUGAGCCAUUGGCUCAAUAUGAAGUGCAUUCUGGAGGAACUGAUAGAGAGGGGCCAUGAAGUAACUGUGUUGACCCCACAACAGACUAUUCUCAUUGACUAUAGAAAGACUCCUGCAAUGAAAUUUGAGGUGGUCCAUACGACAGAAGACAAAAAUUAUCUUGAGAAUUCAACUAACAAAUUUCUUGACCUAGUUCUUAAUGUGUUGCCACCCUUACCAGCCUGGCAAUCAGCAGUAAAACUGAACGAUUUCUUUAUUGAAUUGAAUGGAUAUUUUAGAGGUCGGUGUGAGAGUGUCGUCUACAAUCAGACACUCAUGAAGAAGCUGCAGGAAACCAACUACGACAUACUGAUUACAGACCCUAUAAUGCCUUGUGGGGACCUGGUGGCUGAGGUGCUUGCAGUCCCUUUUGUGAUUUCACUUAGAGGUUCUAUAGGAGGCACUAUGGAAAGACACUGCGGGAAACUUCCAGCUCCACUUUCCUAUGUACCUGUGCAUAUGACAGGACUAACCAACAGAAUGACCUUUCUGGAAAGAGUAAAAAAUACAGUGUUCUCAGUUUUCUUUAACUUAUGGAUGGAUUAUAAUGACUUUCAUUUUUGGAAACAGUUUUACAGUGAAGCGUUAGGAAGAACCACUACAUUAUGUGAGACUCUGGGGAAAGCUGACAUGUGGCUAAUACGAACAUAUUGGGAUUUUGAGUAUCCUCAACCAUACUUACCUAAUUUUGAGUUUGUUGGAGGAUUGCACUGUAAACCCGCCAAACCUUUACCCAAGGAAAUGGAAGAAUUUGUCCAGAGCUCAGGUGAAGAUGGUGUUGUGGUAUUUUCUCUGGGGUCGAUUGUCCCAAACCUUACAGACGAAAAAAGUAAUCUCAUUGCUUCAGCCCUUGCCCAGAUUCCACAGAAGGUUUUGUGGCGAUUCGAAGGAAAAAAACCAGCCACAUUAGGAGCCAAUACUCAGCUCUAUGACUGGUUACCCCAGAAUGAUCUUCUCGGUCAUCCCAAAACCAAAGCUUUUAUCACUCAUGGUGGAAUUAAUGGGAUCUAUGAAGCUAUUUACCAUGGGGUCCCUAUGGUGGGAAUUCCCAUAUUUGGUGAUCAGUCUGACAACAUCGCUCACAUGAAGGCCAAAGGAGCAGCCCUGGAGGUGAACUUCAACACAAUAGCAACUGCAGAUUUGCUCAGGGCUUUGAGAGCGGUUAUUAAUGAUCCUUUUUAUAAAGAGAAUGCUAUGAGGUUAUCAAGAAUUCACCACGAUCAACCCGUAAAGCCCCUGGAUCGGGCAGUCUUCUGGAUUGAGUUUGUCAUGCGCCACAAGGGAGCCAAGCACCUGCGGGCAGCUGUCUACAACCUCCCCUGGUUCCAGUACCACUCUUUGGAUGUGAUUGGGUUCCUGCUGGCCUGUGUGGCAACUGCUAUAUUCUUGGUCACAAAAUGUUGUUUAUUUUCCUGUCAAAAAUUUGGUAAAACAGAAAAGAAGAAAAAGAGGGAAUAGAUCUUUCCAAGUUAGGCAAAGGCCUAAAUGUAGCAAUUCUGUUAAUUCCAGCUGCAAAGAAUUUAAAAAGAAUGUGUCAUCUUCUUUUACUUUUUAUAUUUUCCAUCCUAUUAUUUUAUACUAGCUAUAUAGCCUAGAAUUCAACAGAUCAUCAAGUUACGAUUGUUUUCUAUUCAUUCUUUUUCUUUCUCCUGGUUUCUUUACCCUCUUCUCUUACUGGGCUGACACGUGGACACUGAUGAUUCUAAAACGUCUUAUUCCUGACAUCAUUAUUUUCAUGAUGUCACCAGUUUUUUAAUUGAUAGGUUGACUGACAAUAUGUAGAUUCCUGUGGAGUUCACAAACGUGAGCUGAUUUCAAUAAAUGUAGAGAAGUCAAAAGAGUAAAAUUCACAAGAUGCAAACCAUACAAAUCAGGGAAGUAUCCCUCCAGAUUAGUUUGUUAUGAAAAAUAUAAUGGUCUUUUUCAAUAACAAUAAUAAGCCCUUCUAUGUUCCCAACAUUACUGGGCUUAGAACAUGAAUUGUUAAUAAUGGUGAUAGGAUAUUACACUAAAAGUAUUUACUAUAUUUCCAGAGAGCUCAUUAAAUAUCAUGGCUUACAUUUGUGCCUUUGGUCAACCAAUAUUUCUUUUGUCCUUAACAUGAAAGAGCCACUUCUCAUUAGUGCCACCAAACAAUAAAAGGAAUCAAUCUUUUCCCGGGAAGAGAAAACAUCAACAAGAUGUUCAAGGCAAAUAAAUUAUUUUGGAAGAAGAAACUAUUAGAAAUAUAAAAAUAAUUAAUUUUAUGAAACUUUUAAUUGACUUUAUGCAUGGUAAACUAGAUUUAAAUGUGUAUUCCUUAAAAAUCACUAAAAUUCAUAAUUUCUAAUAUCUAGUUAUAAUCAAAAGUAUAAUUUACUGUGGGAAAAUAAAGAGGUAUUUACUCUGAAAGUAAGAUUAUUAUGUGCUUUUUCAGUCUCAAUCUUCAGGAAAUAUAAAUUUAUCAAAUAAUUGCUUACAUGAUAGGAAUUUAAGAUGUUAGAACUCCUGCUUGACCAAGAAUGUGAUAUAUUGAAUAUUUAGCCAUGUAGAGCUCUACAUUAAACUGAAUAUAUUUUAAGCAAUCUUACAUUAAUUAAACAAAUAUAUUACAUUUUUUAAUUUUGUUUACACCCUCAUAAUCUUAAUGAUAUGUCUACUUAAAGUUUUAAUUUCAGUAUUUGUUUUAUCAAAGUGAUAAUUUGUUUACUGAAACUUUUGAAAUUCUCAUACAUUUUAAUGAAGUAUACUCACAAGUUAUUUCCAGUCUAAAAAUAGCUAUAUAAAAGAAAACUGUCUGCAGUUUGUGUGUACCCCAGGGGUAUCCUCAAAUUUUGGCUAAAUAAACUUUCAUUGAUUGAGAUCUUUGCCUCAGCAACUUAUCAUGGGGCUGUCAACCAACAUUUUAAAUUAAAUAGUACAACCAUACAAAGUUAUGAAGGAAAUCAAUAUGUUUUACCUCAAAAUAUAUUUCUUGGGCAUAGUUUGAUUUGGCUGCUCAGAGGCAGCAAGCAGAAGUAACCCUGGAAAGCCCUGCUUUGUGGGGAAAUGGGCAUCAGUAGAAAAUCUGCAUUGAUAAAGCCAGGUUUUCUCUGAGGCUUUCACUUGUCCUGAUUUAGGGAAGAUUGACAGAGAGUCUGACAUUUUAAAGAUAUAAAAGUGUCACUUACCAUCUAUUCUCUGAGGGCUGCUACCUGUGAGAUUUCAUUUACAUAAGAUGACCACCUUUGCUAGUCAGGCCUCCUCUUCUAAACCUCCCAUUACCAGCUUUGCCACAAAACAGCCUCCCUUCUUUCAAAAUGGUAUAUAAGUUUCUGCACCCCAUUGGGGGUUCAGAGUAAUUACUCUGUGAUUCUUCCUUGUGUAUACAUUAAUAAAUGUGUAUGCCUUUUCACAAAUUAA